CAGCAAAUGUCAUAAAUGAAAACUGUGUCUGCGAAGACUUGAGCCAAAACACAGGCAAUAUGAUAUCUUCUAUGAGAUUGAUUGAUAGUCUUCUAAGGCCGAAAGAAAAACUUUUUGUUGGAGCAUGGAAUGUUCGUACGAUGUAUGAAACAUCAAAGACAACACAAGCUGCGGAUGAAAUGCAGAGAUACAAGUUGGAUAUACUCGGAAUAAGCGAAUGCCGAUGGAUAAAAUCAGGCAGGAUUAGAAUAACUAGUGGCCAUACCACAUUGUACUCGGGGCACAAUGAAAAACAUCAAAGUGGGGUUGCAAUUAUGAUAAGCAAAGACAAGAUCAAAACACUGCUUGAAUGGGAACCAAUUAGUGAUAGACUAAUUAGAGCAAGAUUCAACUCCAAAUACUGUAAACUGACAAUCAUACAAUGCUAUGCACCAACAAAUGAUGCCGAUGAAGAAGUGAAAGAUGAAUUUUACAAGCAGUUACAGAUGGUUGUCUCUAAAGUCCCUCAGCAUGACAUGCUGCUGAUAAUGAGAGACCUAAAUGCAAAAGUGGGUAUUGACAACACUGACUGUGAGAAAUCUAUGGGCAAACAUGGAUGUGGAAUUAAAAAUGACAAUGGAGAGCGCUUCAUUGACUUCUGUCUCAACAACAACCAGACAAUAGGAGGCACAAUAUUUCCUCACAAGCAUAUACAGAAGCUCACGUGGAAAUCUCCAGAUGGUAGAACAACAAACCAGAUUGAUCACAUAACUGUAAACAACAAAUGGAGCAAAUCCCUACAUAAUGUUAAAGUAUGCCGUGGAGCAGAUGUCAACAGUGACCACUAUCUGUUGAAAGCUAUUACAAAACUAAAACUUCGCAGAAAUCCCAAAAAGCAGGAGACAAAAAGGAAGAUCGAUGUGGAAAAGUUAAAGAUACCAGACACACGAAAAUCUUUCAAUCUGGAAUUGAAGAACAGAUUCAAGAUUCUGGAAGAAAGUCUUGAUGAUGUUGAAGAUAUUCAAGAAAGGUGGGACACGAUCAAGAAAGUGCAUAUUGAAGCGGCCGAAAAAAACUGUAGGCUACCGAACCAAGAAGAACAAAGAGUGGCUAACACCUUGUACAUGGGAAAAUAG